AUGCUGGAACUCGAACACCAAAGGCAGAUAGCCCGUGAGACCCUAUCCCCACCCACAGCCAUGGCUGCUGUACAUUCUGCUCCAUCUACUCAAUUCAAUCGUCGGCGCCAAGGCAACAUGCCAAAUGGCAAGCGGCCUAAUUCUCAGCAGAGUAGUUCUUCCUCUGCUCCAAGGCGCAACCCCACGAAUCAACAGCCCAGGUCUCAGCAGCUUCAGCAAGCAGAGGCACAACCUUGGUUUUCCUCAAAUGCUCGUGCUCCCUAUUGGGCUUAUUGGAGCCCACCUCCCUGUCCUCACCCAACAACUGCAGGCUGGAACUCUCCAUGGAAUUGUCCACCAUCCCAGCCUUGGACUCCUUCUUCUCGUAGGCCUGCUUCUCGUACCAAUGGCCUGGCAGAUAAUCAAGCUCAUCUCACAGCUUAUGACCCGAUGGAACCUACUCAAACAGGUGAAGCUUUUCAAGCAAUGAAUCUGGAACAACCUGAUGAACAGUGGUAUAUGGAUUCGGGAGCCACUGAUCACCUCACUGGAGAUCAAGGAUUACCGGACAGGCCGGAUGAUAUCUCGCCACAAUAGCUCCAGUCAACUUUAUCCUCUCACCUACCCAGUCACGGGUUCCACUUUUCUGUCCGCAAGUGCUCAAGAUGUUUGGCAUGACCGUUUGGGCCAUCCUGGCCUCCCUGUUUUGGAUUUUCUUAGUUCAAAUAAAAUCAUUCCAUGUAAUAAAUGUUGUCGAACUUUAGUUUGCAAUUUGUGUCAAAUUUCCAAGCAUAAACGUCUACCUUUUUCUA